AUGGAGGCGCUGUGCCCCGGCUGCACAGAACCUACAGAGAACCUACAGAGAACCUACAGAGAACCUACAGAGAACCUGUCAGAGAACCUACAGAGAACCUACAGAGAACCUGACAGAGAACCUACAGAGAACCUACAGAGAACCUACAGAGAACCUACAGAGAACCUGACAACCUACAGAGAACCUGACAGAGAACCUACAGAGAACCUGACAGAGAACCUACAGAGAACCUACAGAGAACCUACAGAGAACCUGACAGAGAACCUGACAGAGAACCUGACAGAGAACCUACAGAGAACCUACAGAGAACCUGACAGAGAACCUACAGAAAACCUGACAGAGAACCUACAGAGAACCUACAGAGAACCUACAGAGAACCUCCCCCCACUUCACACCUCCAACACCUUCACUUCUCCCCUCCCCCACUUCCUCUUCAACAAGGGGCAAAACAAGACGCAGAAGUGCAUCCAGAGUCCGCAGCAGAUCUACAGUGGGCACAAGAUCUACAGCUCGCAGCAGAUCUCCACCACGGCCCGGGCCUGCACUGGAUCAAGCCAGGUGGAAUAG